AUGCCAUCAUCUCACUACUUCAAACCGCUAUCCUAUGUGUCUACAGUGCUUUUACUCACUUCUAUGACAUGUCUUAUAUACUUUGCAACAGACUUGCAAAAGUUUGAGGAGCAGUGCAAAAGCCAGAUCAGUAUUUUUCAGAUCUACGAACAAGCUGCAUGGAAGGACAUUAUCACUUUGGAACGAGCUCAUGGAAGAGUCCGCCGGCAGUCACUAUUCGAUGCUCCAAAACUGCGUAGAACCCGGAAAUCAAAGCUUCGAAAACUGAAACAACCAAUUCGUCCGGCUCUAUUCCACAAGCCAUUAGUCCCAGUUGCGGAUGAGCUCGCCGAGCUUGAGCAGUACAGGAGCUCUGGGAAUUCGGGAAAUUCUGAAAACUCAGAGCUAACUGAAGCUGAUAGUGAUGGUGAGACGGAACAGGAGACGGAGGAGGCUAAUAAUCCGGAAGCUUCUUCUUCAGAAAGAGACGAGGCUGAUGAAGAUCCUGAAGCUCCACCUGAAGCCCCCAAUCAUAAUAUGUCCCGAAGAGAAAUGCAAUAUGGGAUUACCGGCGGGUUGGCUCAGAUUCUCGAAGUCGACGGGUACGGCGAGGGGGAAGAAGAUGAGGAGGACGAUGAUGGAAGUGGAAGUGGCGGACCCGAGGAAGACGUCGAGGAUCCGAAUGAGUGCGCCGACACCGACCGCAAAUGCUAUGGGAAUCCGUGUCCCCGUGGCCCGCCGGGAUCUCCAGGGGUCCCAGGCCUUCCAGGAGAAGACGCUGCUGAUGGAACUGACGGUGGAAAUGGUACAGAAUGGGAACUACUUGCCGCGGAUCUAGUGAUCAUUCUGGGAUGUGUAAAGUGCCCGAUCGGGCCCCGAGGUGUCGAGGGGGAUCCUGGAAUCCCGGGAAACAAGGGCGGUAAGGGGAACAACGGGAACCCGGGUCUCGACGGCUACGAGGGAUUCCCCGGGCCAAGUGGUCCCGAAGGAGAAGCCGGAUACGACGGAGAACCCGGAGCCGGCGGGUGGCCGGGACAACGUGGAGAAAACGCCAAGAGCUAUAGGAACUUCCCUGGGCCGCCAGGGCCACCGGGCCCUGUUGGGCCACCCGGGGACAGUGGGGAACGCGGUAAUAUACAUGAAGGAGGACCACCGGGGAUUGUUGGAGGAUCCGGAGCGCCUGGAGUGCACGGGAUCCCUGGACCACCGGGGGCUCCUGGAUUGCCCGGAGAUCCAGGAACCCGCGACGACACAUACGUCGGACAAUGCAAGUGCCCCGAACGUCGGCAGCCACCGAAAAAACCGUAUCCCCCGGCGCCUACAAUGCCCCCAGACGCCUAUCAGCCUACUACUGAAGCCUAUUACUACCCACCGACGGAAACAAGCACCGAGUAUGUCACCGCCGAGCCGACCACCUCAAUUUAUCGCUACUUCGUGAAAGCUGAAGCUCCGAGCUACAAGACCACCUCAUCAUCGUCGGCCGAGGAGUCCGAGUACAUGGAGAUCACGAUGACCUCGUCCGAGUAUCCAAUGGAUACCCCGACCACUGUUGGGUACCCGGUGACCGAGUACCCAACGACGGUGGUGGGGUACCCGGUCACGGACCAGAUGGAUCGGGAGGGUCAGUUGUUGGCGGAGGUGCUCGAAAAAUCGAUGGAGCCUGAUUAGGAGCCCGCCGAAGAUCAUCCAUCGUUGCCGACGAAUUUCGAUUGAAAUACUCCAAAAUAAGAGCUGCGACCAAUCAGCGAUUUGCUCCGCCCACUUUUCAACCAAUCAGAGCUGCUGAUAGGUCGCAGCUCUCAUUGCGACUUUUUUCGUUUUUCUUUUGCUAUUUUUGAUGUUUUCCAAAAAAAGAAUUCGAAAAAUAAAAUAAAUAACUUCAAUAAGAUGAU